AUGAUGGUAAUUGAAUAUUUGGUUACUAAUGAUUUGGUAUAUCAAUCCUUCGAUAAAGUACGAUUUGUUAAAGGAGCUCAUAAAAGUUAUGCCAUGGUUCCACCUAACCAAAUAAAAAAUAAUAAUGUAUCAAUUAAAGCAUUGGCUAAAUUAAACUUGAAUAUUACUGAUUAUGAACAAAUAUGGCAGCAAUGUUUAUUGCCUACACCGGAAUUAUCGGCAAAAAUUGAACCAUCAGCAAUCAAUCUUAUUAAUUUACAUUUAAGUGAUUACAUUUCAAUUAUUCAUCGUUUGGGUGAUGCCAACGAUCCUGUUGCUAAAGAAAUUCUAAAACCUGGUUUGCAAUGUGGUCAAAUUGGUAUUGACUAUAAAUCAAAUACAUUUUCAUUGGCACCGGAACAUAUUAUUCAUUUCCAUAGUGAUGAUGACAUCAUGAAGCUACUAAACGGAUUGUGUAUUCGAGCAACCGCUCAACAAGUUGGUUUAUUGAAUAAUACUGGCUCUUCAGCAAUAUGUAAUCAUUAUAUGGCUCCAAAGGAGCCUGAUACAGUCCAAAUGUCUAUACCUCUCGCUGAUGAUUAUAAUCAAUUACAAAGAAAACAGCUAUUUUCUGUUAUUUCUGUUGAUAUUUCUUCGAAUGAAAAGGAUCAAACGAAUACAUUACAAAAGCAACUUAUAUCAACUGAAGAAACUAAUGCUACUUUUAUAAAAUCAAAUAUUGAUAACAACAGUAUUGAUGAUUGUAUAUUCGUUAUGGAAAAAAUUAAAGCGAUUCUAGAAAAUGACAGAAACAAUAUUGCUUAUACACAGAAAGAUGUAACACCUGUUCGACAACGCCUAGAUAACGAUCAGCAACAUCACAAGUCAUCAAUGAGUAUUAAUCACUUGGCACAAACUGUAUCUGAUUGUGCAUUGUCGUAUGAAAAACCUGGCAAUAUUGAAACAAAUAAUAAUGAAACUACUGAUUCUUCCAGUUCAAUUGAAUAUGACGAUCCAACGACUGAUUCUGUGAUGAUAAAUGUUGUCGAUCGUAGUUUAUGUUUUCAACAACAUCUGCAUAUGGAACAAUUUUCUCAAUUAUCAUCGUCAAUCAUCAUUGAAUAUGGUUGUGACAAAGAAAAUCAAAAUACUGAUUCUGAAUAUAUGGAAGCUGAAUAUGGUUCAAACUUUGAAACGUCAUCACCUUGUGAAACAAUGACACUUGACUGUAAUAACACACUCCAGCAUUCACAAAAAACUUCAACGGAAAAGAAUAUUCUUCCAACAAAAACAUGUGACAUUAUUACAUUAUCAAAAAGACUUAUGCUCAAGUCAUUUGUUACAUUCACGAAAACAGAUGUUACUCGAUUAUAUAACAGUGCUGAAACAAAGAAUUUAGUAAUUAAAUAUUUGCAAGAACAUGAAUUUAUCAAGCGAAUUGAUGAUUUGUUUUUGUCGACUAGUCCAACCAAAAAAAUAGUUAAAUCCGAAAUUGGCUAUUUAAAACUAUUUCCAGCUUCACGAUCUGCAUUUGAUGCAGCAGAAUUUGAAAUAAAACUUCGAGAGAAAGUAGAUAUUACAUUGGAUUAUUAUGUUGAUAAAGUUUUUAAUGGUGGAAAUUCAUCCAUAUCAACUUCGGCUAUAAAUAAUAUGUUUAACACAUCACAUAAUAAUUGGCUAUUGAAUCGUCAUUGGUACGAUAAACUGAAAGAAGGACAUAUUAGUGUAUAUUAUCAAAACAAGAUCUUUUGUCCUGAUGCCAACAUGAGUGUAACUAUGAUAACUGUAAAUUCAGUUUCAAAUGAUGGUGUUCAUGAUUCAUGUGAUCGACCACGACCCAAAUUGACUGCUUCGCAACGAACAAAUAAAGAACUAAGACGACUUGGUGCUAAACGACAAAAAGAACCAAGUGAUGAACCACCACCAAAACGACAACGCAAACCAAAACGAUUUGCUGAUGAAGAUUAUUAA